AUUUUUAUUAUUACUAUGCUAUUUUAUAAAUUUGUUACAUAACAAAGAGAAACAAUUAUCUGUACAGUAUUAAAAAGCAUAUUUAGCAUACAUGAAGUAUUAUUUGAAAUGUUACAGUUGUGAAAAACUUUGGUAUGCAUGUAAAAUCUAGUUUUUUUUUUUAAUAUCAAGAUCAGUUAUAACAAUUAUUUAUACUUCACAUAUAUUAAUUUUAUAUAAUUGUAUAAAGUUACUUGUUCAAAGUAAAAUACAUGUAUACUCAUAGUGAAUAAUCUUUGUGUUAAUGUGUAAAAGUAAAGUAUUAAGAAAUUAAGAAUAUAAGAUGCCACAUACUUUGACCUACCCAAUGUAUGCUGGUGUUGAAUCAUCUUCUCAAAGAACUCGGUCUUAUACUUGGAAUUCUCAACAUCGUUCUGCAUCUCGAAUAUUGCAAGCUAACAGAAGGCCAGGACGCUUCUCAUUGACAGAGCCUAUAAGAGAUGAAGCUACCCACAAGCUGAGGCUAAAAGUGAUCGCUGGUCACCAAUUAGCAAAGAAAGACAUCUUUGGUGCAAGCGAUCCUUAUGUGCGUGUUGAUUUAAAUACUAUAAAUGGAGACCAGAUAAUAGAUUCUGCACUUACAAAAACGAAGAAAAAGACAUUGAAUCCUGUCUGGGAAGAAGAAUUUAUAUUUAGAGUCAAACCCGUUGAGCAUAAAUUGGUGCUACAAGUUUUUGAUGAAAAUCGAUUGACUCGGGAUGAUUUUCUUGGUAUGGUAGAAUUAACAUUGAUUAAUCUACCUAAAGAACAAGAAGGUCGUAUAAUUCCUGUUAGACGUUAUUUACUUCGACCACGUAGUAAUCAUUCCAGUCAGCGUUCAAGAGUGAAGGGCACCUUGGAAGUAUAUCAUGCAUAUAUUUCUGACUCAUCAAUCGUGGACAAUGAUAAUGGAGAUACUGCAUCUGACUCAGGAGGCUGGGAAAUGGUACAACCAACAAAUAAUAGCCCUGAGGAACAGGCUGCAGAUGUCAUGUUUAUUAGACAUUUACCACCAGGGUGGGAAGAAAGACAAGAUGCAAAUGGGCGAACGUAUUAUGUCAAUCAUAUAGCAAGAUUUACACAAUGGGAACAUCCAGCAGAAUCCACUACAUCACCUAGUGGAAAUAUGACAGUUGAACGAAAUUUCAAUACUGCAGUAACUGAAUUUCAACGCCGUUUUCAUAUUAGCGCAGAUGAAGAAAAUAGACAUAGAAGUUCAAUUAAUCAGGAUGGUGAAGUUCUCCGCGAGGAAGGUGAAGAUUCGGAUGCGAGAGAUAAUGAGAUUGAGAAUCAUAGGGGAGGGGGUAGUGGGAAUACUUCUUCAGACUCUGGACAUUCUGUCGAUCAACGUGGCUACGUUAGUGAAUAUGAAGACCAGUUGCAGAGUGAUGAUAGUGUGGAUAGUCCAGCUGGGUCUAGGCGAUCAUCUGAACAAAUUGAAAGUCCUAAACCAGUGGUUCCUGCACCAAGCGAUGAAGGAUUACCACCUGGCUGGGGUAUGCAAAUAGCUCCAAAUGGUAGAGUAUUUUUCAUUGAUCAUACUGCAAGGACAACGACAUGGAUCGAUCCUCGAACAGGACGACCAAGUUCAAUACCUAAUCACGUUGCCCCUUCUACUACACCAAGAAGUGAUUUAGAUCAACUUGGUCCGCUUCCAGAAGGUUGGGAAGAAAGAGUUCAUACAGAUGGCCGAAUAUUUUUCAUUGAUCAUAAUACAAGAACAACACAAUGGGAAGACCCUCGUAUGUCUAAUCCUCAAAUUGCUGGACCGGCUGUACCAUAUUCGCGAGAUUAUAAACGUAAAUAUGAAUAUCUUAAAUCUCAAUUAAGGAAGCCUAGCAAUGUUCCUAAUAAAUUUGAAAUAAAAGUUGGUCGAAAUAACAUUUUAGAAGAUUCGUAUCGCAUAAUUAGUUCUGUCAACAGAGUAGAAAUAUUAAAAACAAAAUUAUGGGUUGAAUUUGAAGGAGAAGUUGGUUUAGAUUAUGGAGGUCUUGCUCGAGAAUGGUUUUUCCUAUUGUCUAAAGAAAUGUUCAAUCCUUACUAUGGAUUAUUUGAAUAUUCUGCUACGGAUAAUUAUACUUUGCAAAUUAACCCCUUUUCAGGGGUAUGUAAUGAAGAACAUUUAAAUUAUUUCAAAUUUAUUGGUCGUAUAGCAGGUAUGGCUGUGUACCAUGGGAAAUUGUUGGAUGCGUUCUUUAUUCGUCCAUUUUAUAAAAUGAUGUUAAGUAAAUCUAUUGAUUUAAAAGAUAUGGAAAGCGUUGAUUCAGAAUAUUACAAUUCGUUAUUAUGGAUUAAAGAAAAUGAUCCUAGUGAAUUGGAGCUUACGUUUUGUGUUGAUGAAGAAAGUUUUGGUCAUACGUCUCAAAGAGAACUUAAACCAGAUGGUGCUAAUAUACCAUUAACAGAUGAAAAUAAAGAUGAAUAUAUAGCUUUAGUUAUACAGUGGCGUUUUGUAUCAAGGGUUCAAGAACAAAUGAAUGCAUUUUUAGAAGGAUUUAACGCUCUUAUACCGCCAACAUUAGUCAAAAUAUUUGAUGAACAUGAAUUAGAAUUAUUAAUGUGUGGUAUUCAACAUAUUGAUGUGAGAGAUUGGAAACAAAACACGUUAUACAAAGGAGACUAUCACGCUAAUCACAUUGUUGUUCAGUGGUUUUGGCGAGUAGUACUGUCAUUUAGCAAUGAAAUGAGAUCCAGAUUAUUACAGUUCGUAACUGGUACAUCGCGAGUACCUAUGAAUGGUUUUAAAGAACUAUAUGGUAGCAAUGGUCCACAAUUAUUUACAAUUGAAAAAUGGGGCACACCAGAAAAUUAUCCAAGAGCUCAUACCUGUUUUAAUCGCAUAGACCUUCCUCCAUAUGAAAGUUAUCAACAACUGAGAGAGAAAUUGAUAAAAGCAAUUGAAGGUUCUCAAGGUUUUGCUGGAGUGGAUUAGCACGAAAUACCCCUUUUCAUGAUGAUAUCUGUAAUAUAAUGUACAUAUAUACAUACAUAUAGAUACACAACCAUGUAUACUAUCUAAUAUGAUUAACUAUUUAACAGGAUAAUAUUUCUGCACUCUGAAGACUUAGGUGUCUUUUGACUGCUAGUUACAACAUUAAGACAAAUCAAUGAAAAGUACGUUUAGAUAUUACUUAUCUGCUAUAAAUAAUUCAAAAAAAUUUUACGCAUGAUGCACUUUAAAAAUUAUAAACUAUAUUUAAUGAACAGAAGAAAAGAAAUUGAUAGUAAUUUCGAAUGCUGUUUCAGCAAUUGUUGAAUUACAAUUUAUUAACGCGUUCACUUUCUAAAUGUAAUUACGUAUUUUGAUAGUUAUUACACUCUAAAAGGGUUCUUUGGGAAAAUUAUAUUUGCUGCUAUAAAAAAAAAACCAUUCAUUUGAUAUUAAUUGUAAAUAAUUUAAGCGAUAAUAAUCUAUAUAUUAAUUACUUAUCUGAAUUUGUUGAUUAAAUGGCUCGUUACUAAAAGAAUUAGGUAAUAUGAGUUUACAUAUUUAAAAAGUCAAAUUAUACUUAAAUAUAAAAGACGUAAAAAAAGUUCUAAAAAUUAUAUUACAUAAGAUUUAUUACGAUUUUCAAAUCUGUCGAAUUUUGGUUACAUUUAAGUUAAGCAGACAUCUCAAUUAUUUUGUAUACAAUGACGCUAUAAUUUAAGAUGAAGUAUUGAUGUGAAUUUUAAUUAACAAGUUAUUAAAACAAGUUCCCCUUAAAUGACAAUUUCGAAAUAUUGCACGAAAUUAAAUUACUUUCUUUUAAGAUGAAUAAUUUGUUUUAAAUGCAAAUUUAAUUUUGUUUUUAUAUAGAGAAAUUAAAUCUUUGGAGACUCAUGUAUUAUGCACGUAUUAUAGACAUUUUCUUAAGGCUCUUUUAUUAGAGUAACAAAGAAUAGAAAAUUUUGUUUCUUUAAAACAUAUACAUAGUUGCAAAAAUGUACAAACUGAAAAUUUUUAAAAAUCAAUUAUAUUAUUAGAAGAUGUAGCAAGAAGAAUAACAGAUAUUGUAAAAUACGUAAUCUGUUUUAUUUUUGAUCGAUUCAGAAAUCGUAAAAAAACGGUUAUUUAAUUUAAUAUAAAUGUAAUUGAAAAUAAGUUUGUUCUUUUUAAAUAGACGUAUCUGUUACAUAAUUUAUUCAUAUAAUAAAUUGAAAUUUUUCCAUAUACGACAGCGUUCUUCUUGUGUGUUCUUCUAAGAACUGAUGGAAAAUCUGCUAUAUUUAGCUCAUUGUAUAUAGCAUUAAAUAAUAUAAAAGAAAAUAGACAUUAAAUUGUUUAAACAGCGAAAUUUCUUUAUACAUUUUAACAAUAUGUGAAAAAAUGGAUAUAAUCGUUUCUUUCAUUAAACAGUAGUAUAUCUAUGAAAUUGAUCAUUCGAAGGUACCUCGAACAAAAUUGUAAAUGCCUACUUUGUAUAAUAAUAGCUAUUUCAAAAAAUUAAUAAGUAUUCUAAAAAAACAUAUUUAGCAUUUAAAGUUAACGAAACAUUCCAUCCUAUUUGUACAGCUUAUUUUAUUGUAAACAGAUACGUCCCAUUAGAUAAUAAAUGUUAUUAUUACUACAAAAAUUUUGUGGCCUUAAAUUCUGGUUACUUUCGAUUUUGUGCACGCUGCAUGUCUUUUUAUGACAAAAAUCCAGUUUCUUGUAUUUACAUAAUAAACAUAUAUCCGAAAUGGAACGAUAAAUUUCAACGUAUUGUAUUUUUUAAAAAGCCAACGUUACUUGAAAAUCGUAGUAUAUUUUCUAACGCUAAGUUACAAUUUAAUCGGGUUAAAAGCUAAGACUGUUAGUGUUGCCCAUUUUUUAAGAUAUCUACUUAACUGUUCUUUUAUUACAUUGUUGUUAUUAUUAUUAUUAUUAUUAUUAUUAUUAUUAUUAUUAUUAUUAUUAUUAUUAUUAUUAUUAUCAUUAUUAUUAUUAAUAUUAUUCUUAUCAUCCACCUUAGAAAUCGCAUAUAUUAGAGAAUAAUAGAAUAUCCAAGUUGUAUUUAUUAUUUUUAUUAAAAAAUAUCAAUUAUAUUUGUUGCAAGCUCAUAAAUACAGCUACUUAAUUUUUUUGUUUAUAAUGAUUAUCAACUUAUUCACACGUAUAUGCAUAGGUUGCAAAAAAAUGUGUGACUUCAAUUUCAAUUUACCUCUCUUUAUAUUUAUGUAAAUAUAAAGGUAUAUAUCUUGUAAUAUAUCGAUUACAAGGGCAGAUACAUUUUUACCACACUUGAGACAAGUGAAAAUGUAAACAAGAUGUUUGUAAGUUAAUUCUUGCGAUUAUUGUUAUUAUUAUCGAAAUAUGGCGAAGUUACACAUCGUAAUAAUUAAGAAUUAAUAUUACGAUCAAUAAACUUAAUAUUACAAACUAACUUAUGUUCUUAUAUAAUGCUGUGGAAAAUAAAUCUAUAUAUACAUGUAAAUUA